CCGAGGUUUGAUGGACGAGCGGAGGUACUCCCGUAACCAUAAUUGAUCAGCCCGUAGUCAUGUUGUGACGUUAUUGAAUGAGAAUGACGAGAGCCGAACCAACAGCCAAUCUGAUUGGCUGUUUAAUGUGUCCAUCAUUAUGCAAAUUACUUGAAAACACAAUAUCGUUAUGCUCUCUAACGUAACUAUGUCAUCGAACUUGAUUGAUAAAAAAACCACGCAUAGCUAUCCUCAUUGGUCGGAAUAUACCACGCAUAUUUGGAGGAUAAUGAUCGGUCGAGUGUGGCGGCUGGUUUAUAAGACGGGGUUGCAAGCUGUGUUUUGUAAGGCAAAGUUCUUCUCAUAAAGCUGAACUUCGGUGAAUGAGUUAAUGCUUGUUUGUAAAUAGACGACACGCCACACAUACAUGCUCGUUUUUUACGUGUCCAGGAAGUUGAAGAUUGGUCCGUGUAUAUACAGCUAUAAAAGAAGCGAAGAUUCGUUUCCAGCAGCAAACUUGUGCGCUCAUCCAACAGUGCACACCCAGCAGUAGAGACGUUUCUACUUGACCGUGCGAUCUCAUAGAUACAGAAUACAGCUUUAUUCAUUGUUCAUCAUUACUGAAGAAGAAAAUCAUGGAGGGAAAUAUGCUGAUAUUGGUCACAUUCAUUAUAUUUGUUCCGUCCGUGUUCACAAAAAUGUUCAUCCUUCAAGCCGAUAAUUCAAGAACGAGGGAAAAUCAUAUGGUCAUAAAUUUGGGGAACGCUUCUAAUGGAAAUGCUCUCUUGAUUACGGAACAGGAACCGCUGUCCAUAAACUUCUGCAUAAGGGAAAAGACCACUGUACGACUCAACAACUUUAGAUUUUCAAUUGAUAAUGAAAAUGCGCUAUUUACGGUAAACCUGGAUCACGGGUAUUGGCUUGGCACCUAUUACUCACCGCCUAGAGGUGGGCGGGAGGACUUUAUCGACACCGGCGCGUUUCCCCGCGUGUAUAACUUCGAUGCCGGAUGGCACGUUCUGAAAGUUGAUGUUAGACCUGGGUCGGCAAAUAUAACAGUGGACAACAUCGAAUUUGAGAUUACUGACGAAAGGAUGAACUUAGACAUUCUCCAAUGCUCUAUAAUGUGUAUACAGGAGGCAAAGUUUGUCGGGAGACAUCCUUCUCAAACCGCGGCUACUGAAACUGCCUACAUAUCACAGCAGUCAUACGACACCAAAUGUGCUGAGGUGGACAACGUCAACAUCCCUAUCUACAAUCCUGAAGUGAGUCAAUUCCUCAUCACGGCUACUCUUCCACAGUACAAAUCAUUUGCUAAUCGUCGCCAUGACAACCUCACAAACUGCCCACAUCUGCCACCACAACUGUGGAGAUUCUCUGACUUUACCGCAAGUUCUGAUACUGAAAGAAUACAAGGUAAAAAUUCCAGCCUCAUCUUUAUUCCAAAAGACUUCAGUUCACGAAAAUCUAUCGCUAUCAUUGCUUCAUUUAAACUGGAAGGUGAAAAAGAAGGGAGCAUUGACUCAAAAAUUGGAAACGAACUAUAUUUGAGGUUCAGAAACUUGAGUGUCCCUGUUACAGUUAUGAUGCAAUACCGGGAAAACACUGGACGUUUAUCAGAUGCUUCAGUGCGAACAUUCGAUCCACACUCUCUGGAACAUAUGUGGACUAUCCCGGAUUUCACGUGGAUUGAAGACACCGAGAACUACAUUGUGCUUUCCAUGGAAGCUGAUGUCAAUGUCAAAUUCGAGGUUAGUUAUCUUCAGUUAAUCAAAAGACCCAUGGUCCCAGAUGCAGUUUCAACUAUUUAUAGAAGCGACGACGUCAUUAUUGAGGCAGUGAAUGUCCAACUUUCCUGGCUGGCACCAAAAACAAUGACGGUACGUCUAAGCAGUGGAGGCAUUGCGGAAAAUAUCACAUUCAUUCGCAUUUACCGACCGAUUCCCUGGAACAACGGGUAUGCACAGGUUUUCGUUCUUUAUAAUGACGGAAAUGUACGACUUCUACCGACUGCUCCGGAAGGAACCGAUUGGAUCCCAUUCGGAACCUCGGUCAUUGUUGGUCAGACUAAAAGCGACCGAGUGAGACCAUACACUGUUAUAACACAGGUCGAUAUCAUUCCUGAGCGCUGGCAAAUGAAGGUUUACUAUGAGGACGGCAGCUCAGUCAAAAUGAGCCUGAACAGCACAAGUGAUGAAACCCAACUUCUUGUUAGUGAUAUGGAUUUUAUGCAAGAUCGCUUCACUCACCCUUUUGCUACCAUUCGCUCCAUGUACGUGGAUGAGGGAAACACGGAUGUGGACAGUGUGAAGAUUGACAACAAACAGACGUACCAUAUCAUGGACAAGUGGGGAUCCCUUGAUGGAAGAUCUUUUGCCUUCCACCGCAGGUGUAUAUCAACUCACCUUACCCUUAGUCCGGAUAUUCAGGUAGACAUACUCGAGACCAAGCAGGCAACGACAACACCUCAAGUGUCGCCAAACAGUAUAUAGAUCAACGUGGGGUUCGUUUCGUAAAACACUAUGUUGAUCAAUCUGGCACUCGACUGACUGAAGUUGCUGUGGCUGGAAAAUUUAUAUAUCAGAUUUACAGUAUAGGUGUAAGAUUACACAAACUAGCGUCCACUUUGUGGUCUUGACUUCGGGAACGAAAUUUAUAGGUUAGACAUACACUAGCUAUUUGCGUACUUAUUGUUUAAGAACUAUAUGUAGGUCAACCUUACGUCGAAUUUGAAAUCCAAUAUUACAUUUAUGUUGUACGAUGGUUUUCUAAUGUUGGUAAAUUAUAUAUAAUGUCUGUCUCAAAAUUUUGCGUGUUGAGAAGCAUUUUUAUAAUAUCAAUUCAAGAUAUCAAUUUUGUCCUACCUUAUACAAUGUAUCCGUAGUAAUUAUUAAUGAAUUAUCAGUUUCUAUCAUAUGUUACAUGUUCUUCAAGAGGAUUCGUUUGAGAGAAAUGAGAAAGCUAACUGGACCGUUAUGUUUGAAGUAUGAUCAGGAUAUCAAAUUUAAAAAAAUAGUUUUUUCGAGAAAUUGAUUAAAAAUAAGAUUACAUAUUUCUUGAACUUUAAAAG